CUAAUACAGAAUCACAGCUUUGAUAUGGCAGGAGAAGAUAGAACUAGUAGUAGAGGACCAAAUGGUUACGGGCGGCCCAUAUCACGUAUAGCAGCGACCACCAGCAAUAACAACAACACAACUAGCCUUAUCGCCGAGCAAAACGAGAUGCUAGACCAGAUGCGCUGCGACAAGAAGAAACUGC